CCUCUUGCGGAAAAUUUCUAAAAUUUACCGGAUGUGUAAAAUCUCCUGCAAAUCGUGUUUUUAGCUAUUUUACUGCAAAAUAAAUGACUGACAUUACUUUUCACGCUUAUAAGGGGGAAUGGGGACUUGCUUCCAUGGAUUUGGAGUGCCUUCAAACCCUGACUUUUUUGAGGUUCCUGGACGUUCCGGUGAAUAUGAAUACACGCGGGAAUACUCUCUUUGCCCCCAAUGGUAGUCUCCCGUACAUAAAUGAUGGCUCGCACAAGGUGGACGGGUACAAGAAGAUAAUCAAGUACUGCCAGGAGAAGGGAUUUGAUGUAAAUAGAGGGCUGAAGGGGGAAGAUAAAGCCCUAUCGACGGCCUACAUUCAGCAUACAAAGAGUAAACUACAUAGCUACCUCGUGUACACGAUGUGGGGCACAAAAGAGAGUGCAGAAGCAACGAGAUUUCUCUAUGCUAAACGAAGUCCAUUCCCGUUGAGCUUCUACAAGCCCGGGCAGUACUUGAAGCAAGCUGAGAAGUAUCUUGAGGUUCAGUGUGGGAUUUCCAUAAAGGAUGGUGCCCCUCCUGAGGAACAUCUCACGCGCCAACUUAUUCUGGAUGCGAAAAAGUUUGUUAAUGAAAUUUCUGCUCAACUUGGGGACCGGGAGUGGUUUUUCGGGGGGACUCCGUCGGAAUUUGAUGGUAUUCUGUACUCCUAUUUGGCGCUCUUGCUGCACUAUCCGUUAAACUUCAAUCCCCUGGCGGGACACAUCCGGGAAUGCCGGAAUCUCGUGGAUUUCGUUGGGAGGAUCACAAAGAAGUACUUCGAGGGGCUGACCUUUGACAGUGGAGAGAAGAUUGUCAUCACAAGUGAGGGGAAGACGAAGAAAACCAAAGCAGGAUCCGGAGAUGAAGAAGAAAGCAAUUUAAAGCUACAGAUUAUCGCUGGAAUCGUUGCUCUUGUCUCCAUGGUGGCUUUCUCCCUUUCCGUGGGCAUUGUGGAGAUCUCUCGUGAUUCCAUCUCUCCGGAAGCCGUGGAAUUCCUCGACGAGGACGAAGAUGACGACGACGGAGAUUACGCAGAGUAGGGAAAAAUGUACAAUAGAUGAAAAUAAAAAGAUAGUUUUUUUUUCUAAAAUUA